GUCCUUGUUUUGUUGACGUUGCAGACGGCGUUUCUAGAUGUAACUGUCUUCUGUGGUGUUUAUCUGGUGUGUAGCUGCGAGUACAGUUCCGGUGACACUCCAUACUGAUUAUCUCGUCAACUGUAUCCUUGCGACAUCAGCGCGAUAUUUUCGGCGGUGACAGCGCAUCCCUGGUGCAGCCACGUAACGGAGGUUGGACGAAGUCGAGCGCCGAGUUUGCCUAGUACUCAUUGUUCGCACCAUUCUUCACUGUGUCCGUGUUACAUUUAAAUGACCAUUACAAAUGGCAGAGAAGAACCUUGUGGCAAAAGCCACAAAAGCAGCUUCGUACAACAUCGUUCUGCAGCUGACUCUGCGUGUUUUAACGUUCGUGCUGAACGCGUACAUCUUGCGACACAUCACCAAAGACCUGCUGGGAGUUAUCAAUGUGCGACUUAUGCUUCUUUACACAACAGUGCAAUUCCUGAGCAGGGAGCCGUUCCGUCGAUCCUGUUUGAGUGAUGCAAACAACCAAAACUGGCCUGCCAUCAUCAAUGUAACAUGGUUGUGUCUUCCCAUUUGUGUAUUUAUUGGUGCCGUUAUGAGCUUUGUAUGGUUGUUCGUUCUCGAAAGGCCUGACCCCAUGGUGGCUACUGGCUAUACGCUGGGUGUGCACUGUGUGGUCAUUUCUGUUAUUAUUGAAGUGCUUGCCGAACCUCUAUACGUUGUCAGUCAAGCGUUUCACUAUAUAAAGUUCAAAAUAUUUUUUGUGGGGAGCGGGAUUACCUUACGGUGCAUCAUAAUGGCGGUGCUCGUUGCCUGCAACCCAGAGAACGCUAUUUGGGCUUACAGCGUAGCACAGCUGAUAUCGUCAGCAUAUUAUACUGUCGUUCUUUAUGCCUACUUUACCUUUGAAUCAAGGCGAUUAAACCGCGCCUGUGAAGAUGAAACAAAAGACUCCAGCCGCGAAUGUAACGACCAUGCACUACCUUUUACCAGUGCUGUUGAUAUCAUUCCUUUCAUUGGCUACAAUGGUACACAGUUUGACCGAAAUGUUGCAAAGCUUACAUGGAGCUUUAUGAAGCAAACAGUAGCCAAGCAACUGUUGACUGAAGGGGAACGUUAUAUCAUGACUGUGUUCAACACACUAUCUUUCGCUGAACAGGGUGUGUAUGACAUAGUCAACAACCUUGGUUCUUUAACAGCCCGUCUUGUCUUUCAGCCCAUUGAAGAAAGUAGCUAUGUGUUUUUCGCUCAAGUUGUACAGCGUGAUGUGCCGCCCAGCCAACAAAAUGUUGACAGUGCCUCGUUGAGUGUGUUAACUUUGAGGCAGCUUCUAAAGCUGCUGUCACACGUUGGACUUGUCAUUUUUACUUUUGGUCAAGCUUACUCCACUCUACUCUUACACUUGUAUGGUGGAAGUGCACUUAGUAACAGCCUAGCACCGCUACUACUUAGAUGGCACUGUGCAUACAUUGUAUUAAUUGCUAUCAAUGGAGUAACUGAGUGCUUUGUGUUUGCUGCUAUGAGCAAAAAACAGCUGGACCAACAUAACCGCAGACUCGCCCUCUUUUCAGUCCUGUUCCUAUUUGUUGCAUACCUUCUGACCACCUUGUCUGGUGCUGUGGGGUUCAUUCUGGCAAACUGCUUUAACAUGAUUGCACGAAUUGGUUACAGUAUAUAUUUUAUAAGCACAUACUAUGCCAAAACUCGAUACCGUCCAUUGCAUGGUAUUCUUCCCAGUGUACGUGUGCUUGUUACUGCUGUGUUUAGUUAUCUAGUCACCACAAUUUCAGAAGCAGUAUUCUGCUGUUAUGCUGGAUUUUUUUACCUCUUGUUGCAUGCUGCCAUUGGUGCACUGUGCUUGCUUGUGUUCCUGGCUGCCAUCUAUGUAGAGGAGAAAGAGCUAAUAGCAUUCCUCAAAACAUGUUGGCGUGAUGGAAGCUUUGGAAAAAAGUCUGAGAAGGUGCAGUAGGCAACACUGCUGCUCUCUUCUUGAUACCACUUACAUGUUUUCUUGGUGAACUGUGUGCAUAAAGCUAGAACUGUAAGUUUCGUUUAUCUGAUUAAAAAAAAGCUGUCUUAGGUCUUUUGUCAAGUUAGUUUGCCUCAGUGUAUUCACCAUUCUGAACCAAUAUUUAACUAUGCAGGCAGGGAAGUUCCGAUCACUUGUACCUGAUUGCAUUUUCUUGUGUCACUGUUUUUCGUAUUGUUACAACAAUGGUGCAAUAUAUUUCCACAUUCCUUUUGUUCUGCCAAAAGAAAUUGCUGUUCCAAGCAAGCUAUCAACUUCUUCAUCCUAGGAGCAUAUUUCGAAUGCUGGCUCUCAGUAGAGUCAGGUAAUUGUUAUAUUUAAGAAAUACAUACGCUCUUUGACUGCCAGCCACUUAUUUCACACCAACUUUUGUGUCAUGAAAGAACUUGUAGUUAUGUCACUGUUGCAAAACUAGUUGUUUGAACUGUUUCUUGGGAGUGGAUAAAUAUAUGGCCCAUAUUUAUUUGUGUAAAGUUACUAAAUGAAGAUCAGGGCUCCAAAACACCUUAACUGCUACCAUUGCAAACUAUCAGCAGUUUUGCCCUUGAAAUUUGUUUUCCAAGCACCUUAGUGCUCCACUUCAUGAAGCCAUUCCGCCCUAGACAAUUUCACUGGUAGUGUUGUCAUUAGCUUCUUUAUUUAUAUUGAAAUGAAAACCAAUAUGGCUUUAAUUUUUGUGUUGUCUUAUCUUAUUCUUGCCGUUACUAGAAACAAGCAGCCUAUUCUUGGUAAUGGGAGUAGGUGGGGUGCUACUUGGACAACUCACAAAGCCCGAGAAAGAAAAGACCGGAAUAUUAUCUUCAUAUUAUGUAACCCCAGGAAUAUUAUCUUCAUAUUAACGUAAGCCCUGGUUUCUUCUAUUUCUCCUUCUAUACUGUCCACCAUUCUGUUGUAGCAAAGUUGGGCAAACCCAACUGAAGGAAGGGGGUAAUAAUGUAGGAUGAUGAAACCUGUAGUGAUUUUAGCAACCACGAUGCACAGACAGGUAAAUUUUUCUGAUUGAGUUAAUGGCUUAAUUAAUAAUAGUUAACAUUUCCUAAUUUGUAGUAUAAUUGCCUGUGCUAGCUUGUCAAAAUAUGUGUCACAUUCAAACACCUUUUUAGAGGUUUUCUAAGAUGCUUGCAUGAUUGUAUUUAUGUUUAGAAUCCACAUUCCUAUUCCAAAUGCUUGAGCACAGCCUUGCCUGUGCUCAAGAAUUUUGUAUAAUGUUGCCAUUUGAGACCAGAUUAUAGGCAAAUGCCUAUUUUGUUUCUUCCGUUCCUCUCGUGCCACUUUGGUAUAUGAGCAUGAAUUAGAGGUUAAGGAGGCUUUUUAUAGUGUUUUUGUAGUGCUUAUAAAUGCCCAUUUUUGAAAUCGGUGCCUGUAUGAACACCUUUUAAUCUCAAACUUAGCUUUCAGGUACAGUUGGAGACCGGUAUUCAUAUUACUAGGCAAAACUGAGCUUUGGGAGCUCUAUGGGGUGCUAUUUAUACUCCACCUCAAAGGCUACUUCAGAACCAUCAAGGCUUCGAGGCCUCUUAGUCAAUGGGAAGGUCGAUUAGCCUCUAUACAUGUAUUCAGCUUCGUCAUGCCAUGGCAUCUCCUCGGCGUCUGCUCGCAAAAUGAAGAGGAGGUGCUUCUGUGCAACCACAGGACAAUAGAGAAUGAACACAAAACCAUGGAAUGUCACUCAGGGAAUGUGUAACGUUGGUAAAAAAAUCUGAUCUUCACGUGG